GUAAGAGGAUAACCUCGUGGAUGGCCCUACAGUAAGCCAGAUGGAACAGGAUAGAACUAAUCAUGAUGAAGGCAAUAGUUUAAAUCCUUUUUUAAUUCCACAUUCUUCUCGUGUUUGCCAAGCAGAGCCUUUGUCAGUGAAGCUGCAUAAUGGAAACACAUCAGCAGAAAAGAUCUACAAUGAACUGAAUGGCAACCAUAUGUGGCUGCAUGGGAAGGCCAGUUAUGGAAUGCAGCUUCCUGCAAAAAGGAAUGAGAGUAGUCGGAUAAGUCCUGACCUCCUUCAGCAAAAGAAACAUUGCAGCGGGUAUUUGCAAAAUGGUGGGAUAAAACGCACUUUUAGCGAUCCUUCUUUGUACGGACUUCACCAGAACAAGAAGCUUAAACAAGAUGAAGAAGCAAAAAGAGAGCAAGGUAGCUCAUUCGCUGUCAGCAACCAAGCAGGUGCUUCUAAUUCAUGCAGCGAGAAGAAUGUUGUGGAUUUUGGAACAGAACAAAAUACAGCUUCAGUUCUUAUACAGUCUUUAAGAUGCAACUCUGGUGCUUCAGAAUCUUCUCCAGCUCCCCAGAUUCAGAAUGAACAAGGGGGUGAAAAUAGUAACUGCCACAACAGGGACUUUGACAUGGCAUAUAAGAACAAGGCAGCUACAAUGCCUAAUGGUGCUAUAGUUUCUGCCUCUUCCAUGGGAGACAUGCGUGGUGAAUUCCUGGAAAAAAAAUUGUCUCAGUAUAAUCCAGAACAUGUUUUCAGUGGAACGCAGACAACUACAUCUUUUACAAAUGCCAUAAACACUCGGGCUAUUAAUGUGUUGACGUGUGGCACAUCACAUUUACUGCAUACCUCAGGGCAGAUAAGUUCCGCUCAAACCUCAAACUCUGAGCUGCCUCAGGUACUGGCUUCUGUAGCUACUGAAGUCCAAAAUAUAGAAAACUCCAGUAAAAGAUCGAUUUUACAAGCAAGCUCCAAUUUUCAUCAUUCAGAAGUAAUGAACUCAGAGCAGCAAAAGUCAGAAAAUACCUACCAGUCACCUACAAACAACCGUGAAGUUUCAGAAAACACAGGGCAGGUUCCCAGUCAGGAUUUCUCACUCAAUCCUAACAACAAUCUGAAGACUCAUAGUAGCUCAGAGAUUUUGUCACAACCAAGAGAAGAAACUGGUGCUUCCUUCCAACAAGAUCCCGUGUUCAGGAAUGAUUCUUUUAAUCUACCCCCUAUUGCACUACCUUCUCCUGGGCAGGAAAUAAAAAGUGUGCUCUCCAUUGAGGCUUCAAAAGAUCCUAGUAAUAUUUUCAAUUCGACAGAAGAAAAUAACAGAGGGCAAGCACAUCAUCAGAGAGAACAUGGAAAAACAAUGUCUGACUUUUGCCAACAAACUCUUAGUUCUCAACAGGGUCAUCAAUACAAAAUUCAGGUUUCACAAGCAACUGGGAGUAAAACAGAUGUGGAUCUCAGUACAGUGAUAUUGGGUAUGAAGCAGCAAGAUCCUAGUGAAAUUCAAUCCAAACUGGAGUCUAAAAUUCAGGAUCCACAAAGAUUAGGAACCAGUAAAGAAUUGCAACAUUUUCCACAUCUUCUGAGUCAGGUUAAUCAGCAGACUACUCUCGAUAAUGAAAAAGGUCUGGUGAAAAAUCACUUGGGGCAGUCACAAACCCACUCACAAACUUCUUGGAUGAGAAUGACUUCCUCUCCCUUUCACCCCAGUGAUUCUUCUCCAAAAUCAAAUGAAACACUUUUGAGGACCAUGCUUCAACGCCAGGCAAAUUCAAUUGAGCCGACACAUCCAAAACAAUAUAUUAGAGGUUCCAAUGAAUCAAAAGGAGUCACAGAGCAAUCUUGCUACCAGAACAUUACAGACAGUGAGCAAAUACCAGCACUAUUCAAAAGGGAGGCAACACAACCACCUCAUCAUUUUACUCCUGAUUUGCAAAUUCCAUUUGAAAAGCACUCACCACAAUCCAAAAGGAUGAAUAAUCAGCAACAACAUUCAACUCACUUUCACCUUCAAUCACAAUCUGAACUCCACCUUGAACAGACAUUGGAGGCACAGUUAAAGCCUCAGCAUUUAGAUCUUCCAUUUGAGGAUGACCAAUUUAUACAUUCACAACUUUUGCCCCAAAUACUCCAGACCCAGCCAAUACAACCACCACAUAAUUCACAAGUAACAAUGAACUCUCCACAACAAAUAAAAACCACAAAAGUGUCCCAAAUCUUUCCCCAGUCAAGCAACAGCCAAGAACAGCAAGGGGAAAGAACGUCCUUAAAUCAUCUUAAAUUAGAAGAGAGCUUUGAAGUAGCAAGUAAUUACUUCAAAUCAAUUGAGUUCCCAGUACAAAUUCCCCAGACCAGAGUGGACCAUAUUUCAAAUACAGUCAACAAAAACUCCCAUUAUAACCAGACAAAUAAUGUAAUGAAACAUUCCUGCGCAAACAACAUGCACUUGGUUUCUGAGAAAAAGGAAGAUCCCUUAAUUCAAAAUAUAUCUCGCAACUUGCAGCACAUGGAAUAUUAUCCAAAUAGUGUAACUCCUAAACAAGAUCUGUCCCAGGGCUUUCAGGAACAAAAACCUCCAUCUCCACCAACUUCAUUUAUACAGCUGCCCUUCCAGCAAACCCAACAAUAUUCUAACAUGACUACCAAUGUGGAUAACUCACAAGCUAGUCAGAUUCAACAAAAUUACUCACCCUACAAUCAGCAAGCAGCAUCCCAUGCAAUAGAUCAGAGCCAUGGUCACUAUCUUCCCUCACAACCUCACAAAGAUUUUCAAAAGCGUGCUGCUAUUAGAUGGCAUAUUUUGAAUAAACAAGCUAACCAAAAUAAAUCUGAGUCAUGUCAAGCUAUGGGCUUCAAAUCUAUCAAAACUGAAACUGGCACAAAGGUGAAUGCUUGCCUUCCUCUACCAGUUGGACAGUUGGAAAACAAACCAUGGAAGAAAACAAUUAAACAAGAGGUUCAGCACUUUGGUUGUGAGAACAUGCAACAAAAGAGUAUCAUUGAAACCAUGGAGCAUCAGUUGAAACAGAUUCAGGUCAAAACACCUUUUGAUCACAAGUCCCUUACUAUCAAAUCACCCAAACAUGUGAAAAUUGAGGCUGCAGGGCCCAUUACUAUUCUGACAAGGAGUUGUAAUGGUGCAGAUUUCAACAGCCAUGCCAUCUCUUUAGAUCAACAAGCCAUUCAUCCUAAUGAAAAAACACCAACCAAAAGAAGUGCUGGAACCAUGCUCAAUAAUUUCUUAGAGUCGCCUUCUUCAUUACUAGAUACACCUUUAAAAAACUUGCUGGAUACACCUGUCAAAACUCAGUACGAUUUUCCUUCAUGUAGCUGUGUGGAACAGAUAAUUGAAAAAGACGAGGGGCCUUUCUAUACUCACCUAGGAGCUGGUCCUAAUGUCGCUGCUAUUAGAGAAAUAAUGGAAGAAAGAUAUGGACAAAAGGGCAAAGCCAUAAGAAUAGAAAAAAUUGUCUACACAGGGAAAGAAGGCAGAAGCGCUCAAGGAUGCCCUAUAGCGAAAUGGGUGAUUCGUCGAAGUGGAACUGAAGAAAAACUUCUUUGUUUAGUGCGAGAACGUGCAGGCCACAGUUGUGAAACAGCUGUGAUAGUUGUACUUAUCUUGGUGUGGGAAGGCAUAUCUCAGAGCCUAGCAGACAAGCUGUACUCUGAAUUAUCUGACACUUUAAUGAAGUACGGCACACUCACAAACCGGCGGUGUGCACUCAAUGAAGAGUAA